CCCGCCAAGUCGCCUAGUAGCUAGAGAAAGCUGAGUCUUUAUACGUCUUCGUAAUGAAGCAACGAGGAUUUAACGCAUGUUUAGCCUUUGGAAUACUUUUCAUGGUAUUUCUGCAGCUCACUAUGAUAAUGGUUGUCUUAAAUCGAAAUUCAAGUUCAAAUUAUGGACAGGUUUACCCUGAAUCUGUCCAUGCACUUAAGAUUGCACAAUCAACAAGCAGCAACAGCAACCAAAUUUUAUCUACCAAAGUUUCUAAUAAUCCUGCWGUGGUAAUAGAAAGAACUUCUCACGCAAUUGUUCACUCCACAAAGAGCAGCGAAGUUGAUAUGGAAAAUGAUUAUUUUCCGUUCGUGGACUUUAGGUUUGUCUGGCCCGAGGUCACACCRCACGWCACAAACCCUGGCAAAUAUUUCAUUAUUGUUUUAGUAAAUUCUGCAGCACAUGGGGAAAAAUAUCGGAAAAGACGAGAUGGAAUACGAAGUACUUGGGCUAAUCCAAAAUCCUGCGAGAAUUUAAAAGCAAAGAAAAAGUGGCUAGUUGUGUUUUCGCUUGGCAAAGUUUACGAUGCCCAAGAAGAUGGCGCGGUCCUUGACGAAGCGAAGGAGCACAAUGACUUAUUAAUAGGCAACUUCAAAGACUUUUACUUAAAUAAUGUAAUAAAAACCUUCAUGGGGCAACUAUGGGCCCAUUCGGUCAACCCUCAAUAUAUUCUUAAGUGUGACGAUGAUGUCUACAUAAGACUACCUGAAGUUAUUGACUGGAUGGUUUCAAAACAGUCACCGAAUCGAUAUUACGGAGGCGCUCCGUACCAUAACUUCAAUGUUGAUCGCGAUCCUAAAGGCAAAUGGGCCGUGAGCAAACGAUAUUUCAAUGAAUCGAAAUUUCCUCCAUUCUGUGCAGGAGCAUUUAAUGUUAUUUCGUAUGACGUUUUGCCUUUGUUAUUUAACUACGUYCACAGAAGGCGUCCCUUUCACACAGACGAUGCAUAUAUUGGGAUAGCCGCUAGGGAUUUGGGAAUUGCUGUUGUCCGAAUUGACGGACUUUUGCUGGAAGAUAACAUGCCAUCGGGUUUAGCUGGUUUUGAUAAUUGUAGACUUAAAAAAGCUAAAGGAUUUGGUCAUAGUUUAGAGCCGAAUUUGAUGCGAAUGUUAGACGGUAAAUAUACCGCAAUGUGUGAGAAACCUGUUCAAUGUUAGUGUAUAAUUUGAAACCCUAAAAAUUCCCCUGGGCCGGGUAUCGAUAUUAAACACUUGCUAUCACAUAUUGUUUCUUGCUUUUUUUUUAUACAAAAACAAUUUAGUGGCAUUUUAAUCACUGAAAAGUCUGGUAUUUAUACUUGUAAAUGUCAACAAGACGGCGUGAAACAGAAAUAAUAAAUUGAGCAAAAUAGUGCUAGUUGAACAAAAGAAAACAAAAGAAUUAGCAUAAAAUAACACAAAAUUUACAUAUUUUACUACUGGUGGUUUU